AUGUCUACCACCGGUACAAAGGACUUCGAAAGGGAAAUAAAACAGAUUAUGUUCGAUAGAAUUAGCAUAAUUUCCGAGGAGCUUCGUGAAAAAGGCAUGCGAUGGGGUGAUAUGUUCACUGAGGAAGACAACCGUGCUAUAGAAACAUUCACGAUAGAAACAAUCGGCGAGAGCGUAGAAGAAGCAGCAGAAAGAGAAGAGCGCAAGCGUGAACUGGAUAGAAAAAGAAGGGAAGUUACAGCCAGACACAAUUACCAGCUUGUUUAUGUGGACAUUUUCCAAAAGAGCAAUCUAAGUCAAGCACAAACGCCAGGAUCUGUUUCAAGCGAAGAGUCUGAAAUUGUUCCUGAUGAUCCGAUUCCGCAAUCCGCAGUUUCUUGCAAAAAUCAGGAAAAAGUCACCACAAAUAUUCCUGAAGAUGAACCUACUCCUGGACCAUCAAAAGCGAAAAUCCACGAGGACUUCGUUCAGAGACAAUAUCGUAGACACGAUUUCUCGUCGGGGUCUGCACGUCAAUUGACCACACAGUACCAUAGAGGCGGCACUUGGAGACCAAACAGAGUGUAUCAUACAUCGAUGGAUGAUGCGUGGCGCUCUAAGAAUGAAAAUCCUAUGAACCGUAAUUGGCGUCGUUCAUACUACGAAAGAGGUGGUUGGAAGGAACGUGGAAAGAGACAUUUUCACGGCCGUCCUCGAUGGUCUGACGAGCGCUACUUGCAUCCACGCGGAUCGCAAGAACAGAGCGAUCGUGCACAUGUUAGCUACAGUGCGGAGAAAGACAGUUUGUUCUGUUCCUACCAAGAAAGUGGUCAAGCUUCUUGGCACAGGACUUAG